CGGCGGCGGGCUAGGAGCGGCGAACGACGAGUGCCGUCGUUUAAUUAUUUAUUCGCCGCGCGAGCCGCGGGCCGGAGGUCGGUCGUGGUCGAGUGUGUGCGGGGCCGGCGCGUCUCCCCGUCCAGUGUUGUUGUAUCGAGUCUCUAACCGGUGUUAUAAGUGAAUUAUUAUGAGCGACAGGGACAGGUCGUCGCCCUCCCUCACGGACACCCCGCUGAAGACGUACAUCGGCCGGCACGACGACGACUACCCCCUCAUAAACGGAAACGGUAAGCGGCGUCACGGCCGUGGUCGUUCUCGCAGUAGCGAUUUCCUGAGUCACGGGGCUAGCUUCAACAAAAAGUACGGCAAGUCGGUGAACAAUAAGGACGCGUUAGAAGACAAGAAAGAUGACAACGACCUGUGGGAGGCGCAAGCCGCCUUCCUUGGGCCAAACCUGUGGGACAAGACGCUGCCCUACGACCCCGAUCUCAAGUACGUGGACCUAGACGAGUUCCUGUCGGAGAAUGGCAUGCCGGGAGAGGGACUGGGCGGCGCGCACCUCGGCGGCUCGGCGUUCGGCCCGGCGCUCGGGCUGCAGACGCCGAUCACCAAGCGCGAGCGCUCGCCUUCGCCCUCAGACUGCAUGAGCCCCGACACCAUCAACCCGCCGCUGUCGCCCGCCGACUCCACGUUCUCGAUGGCGUCGUCUGGUCGCGACUUCGACCCCCGGACGCGCGCCUUCUCCGAUGAAGAGCUCAAGCCGCAGCCCAUGAUCAAGAAGUCCCGGAAACAGGUAAAUGAUUUCGUGCCCGACGACCUCAAAGACGACAAGUACUGGGCGCGCCGGCGGAAGAACAACAUGGCGGCGAAGCGGUCCCGCGACGCGCGCCGCAUGAAGGAGAACCAGAUCGCCCUGCGAGCCGGCUACCUCGAGAAGGAGAACAUGGGUCUGAGACAAGAGGUGGAGCUAUUAAAGAAAGAAAACCACAUCCUGCGCGAGAAGUUAUCAAAGUACGCGGACGUAUAGGCGGGCGGAGCGUCACCGCCAUCGCCCCCGCCGCGACUGCGCAUAGCACAAACACGCCACACGACACGUGAGUGUGCCGCGCCGCCGCAUCACCGCCGCACGGGCGCCACACGUGCGCCGCAUGCGCCACGCAUCACGAGCGCUCCACUGUCGCCGGCGGGCCGCUGACGCGCGCGCGUGUUGCAGAUCGCGGGCGCUGCCGCCGCCGUGCCACAGCAGCGCCGCCGGUCCGCACGCCGGUGCCCCACCCGCCGCCGCCGCCGCCGCACCCGUCGCCGGGCACACAUCUCUCUCGACUCGACAUGGCCCACGUGUUGUUAGGCUUAUUGUAAUGUCCACUGUGCGACCGGUGACCGCGGCCACGUCAGGAGGCGCGCACGCGACCGCCGCUCGCGGCUGCGGUCACCGCUCGUGCGCUUUCUUUUAAUAGGAUUAAUUGUUAACGCAGUUACCGUAAGUUUAUAUUAGUUUAGUAGGUGAAUGUUAACCAAAGUUUCGUUGGAGCUCUGUUCUAUCGUCGUGUCUCUAAAUCCUUCCCUCGGACUCAGUUCGACACUCAACAGGGUUAGUCUACGACGUACGGACCAAAAUUUUAUGGUGAAAUGUUGUUAAUUAUUUUCGAUGGGUGUCUGUCGUGUCCCGUCCCGAGCGUGCGCCGCCCGCGGCGUCAGUCCGGUGCAGUCGGUGCACUUGGAUAUAAUAUUAUAUUUGUACCGCGUGGCCGCCGCGCCGCCGCGCCGCACGCAUCAUUGCUCAAGUGGCUCGCGUACGCAUGCGCGCAACUGUAGUAGCUGCGUCUCUGUAUAUAGAUAGUUGUAAUGGCGUCGAGCCGGCGCCGUCGCCCGCGCGCCCUCCACCCCCACUACCCCCACCAUUGCCCCGGGUUAGCCCGCACCCGCAUCCGCUCCCGCCCGCCCCGCGCUCCGGGCUGCGGCCGGCGGCUCGCGCCUCUAGUUGCUUGUAGGACCGCUCCGUAUGAGAUUAGGCCCGACCGCGGGCCCUCGGCCUCGGCGAACCUUCUACAUCGUUUCCGUAGUGGGCGAACACUAGUUUCGUUUCAAAUUUACUUAGAGGAUAGUUUAAGUAGUGCGUAGAUUCCGUAGCGUAGUCAUUAUUAGUAUAUUUUUGUUAUGGCUGUAGUUGUUAAUGUUUUUGAAAGUUUAUAUAAUUUUUUUUAGUUGUAUCUAAAGAGACUCGUGUUAUUGUGUCGUUGUGGGUAGGACCCACUGUCGGUGAAGAGCUCGGCGCCCCGCGCGUCCGCCUCAUGCCCCUGUGCCCCCGUGCUCCCGUGCCCCCGUCCCCCCAGUAUGAGUAUCCCCAGUGAGAAGCGCGCGCGGGGAGAGCGAGCGAGCGAGCGACAUCGCGGCGCCUCGCGUGACGCGUCCGUCGAACUGAUCUCGUCGUUUCGGCGUCCCCUCCGCACUGUACUUUGCUCGUGCUAAUGUUACAAUAUAUUUUUGUAGAUUUUUGUCGUUGAUAAAUGAGUCAAUUGAAUGUUUAUUGAAUUGAAGAAAAUUAAUGUUUAUAAUCUAAGACUAAGAAGUUGUUGCAUUUGAAAGUAUUUUAUGGAUACAAAGCGAGAACAAUAAAAUGUUUUUUCUAUAAAGGUUUACAUGUGAAGGAUACUGCAUAGUACUGAUACUGAGAGGUGUGACGGUUACGCUUUGAAAUGCACUGUUUCAUGUUUCAUAUCGUGCGUAAUGUUAUUAUUGUUAUACGACUAACUGGACCGACCGCUCGACUCUUUGUAAACGGAGUGCGCGUCGACACUCGCCAAUUACCAGCUCCCCCAGUCGAGAGCUGAUCAGCUCCCGCUCGGCACCACCGCCUGUACGCGCCUCCGUGCGGUCGCGCUCCAGU